ACGUCGAUGGAUCGUUUCAGUUUCACUGGAAUAAUCUCAAAAAUUGAGUUUUUGUCAAAUUAAAAAACCAGAUUUUGAAUCCUCAUGUUGGCGAUAUGGGUGUUUGGCGUCUGUCGAAUGUCAAAAUGCUUUUUCAUCAAUAACAACAAUGUUUGUAUCGUGUUUUAAACAUUAAACGCAUUGAUUAUUCAAAAAAUGGGAAGCGAAAAGCUCUUGUUCCGCUUGGAACAGCCCCAUGGCACCGGUGAUAUUUACACGACAUGGCAAAAUGGCUCUGGCAUGUAUCUUGCAACGACUGGGAUCGACUGUAUGGUCAAUAUUUUCGACCGUUAUGGACAAAUCCAGGACCGUAUCCGCUUGCCCAGUCUGUGCACCGGUUUUGGGUGGGACUCGGACGGUGAUCUCUUGGCGGUAAUUUGCCAAUCACCUCAACUCACACUGUGGGAUGCAAACACCCAGAAAAAGAUUCAAAUUGAUGUGAGAUUGAAGGACCAAAUGUCGUGCGUGAUUUGGGCCAAGACCGCCCCCAUGCUGGCCGUGGGGACGGUCAAAGGAAACAUAUCUAUUUAUAAUCACAACACAUCAAAGUUAGUUGUUUUUUUGUUGUUUGUUUUUUUAAUUGUCGGUUCUAGACGCACUCCUGUUAUUGGCAAGCACGCGAAAAAAAUCACGUGUGGGGCUUGGAACACGGAGAAUUUGCUCGCACUAGGGUCUGAGGAUAAAACAAUUUCUAUCAGUAAUGUAGACGGGGAUACGCUCAGAGUGAUCAAUUUGCGGGCAGAGCCGUCUGAAAUAAAUUUUUCGGAAAUGAAGCUCGACGAGCGCAUGGGGGGCGAAAACACUGUCAGCGUAAUUGUGGGAAAGCGCACUCUCUAUCUUUACAAUUUGUUAGACCCUGACAAUCCCAUUGAAUUAGCAUUUCAGCAGCAUUAUGGCUCUAUUGUUACGUAUAAGUGGUUCGGAGAUGGUUAUAUUUUAAUCGGCUUCAACGCCGGUUAUUUUAUUGCCAUCUCCACCCACAUUAAGGAAGUGGGCCAGGAGUUAUUCCAGGUCCGGAAUCACAAAAACACCCUCACUGAUAUUACAAUAAACGACAAAAUCGGAAAAGCCGCAUCUUGUGGCGAUAACAAUGUUAAAAUACACGACUUGAGCAACCUCCAAGAAACCUCAAGUGUCUUAACUUUGUCACAGGAGGCCGGUUUAGAGAGGAUAAGUUGGAGUGUUGACGGUCAGUUGUUUUCAGUGUGUACACGUGGUGGUUCUUUGAACGUCUAUUUGUCACACGUGCCGUUACUAACUUCAGUCUCAACGCCUAGAAUAGCGAUUCUGUCAAGUCUGACUGAAAUCAGUCUUUACAACUAUUCCUCAGAAAAAACCAAAUACAAACCGAUUCCUAUAACACUCGAAACGGAGCCUAGUUUUAUCGCCGUGGGCCCGUAUCACAUAGCCGCCGGUUUAAAUAACCGGGUUUGGUUCUAUGAUUUAACGCGCCCCCAGCCGGGAGUGGAUGACGCCCCCUUAAUGCUCAAAGACCGACAGUACUUAGGGGGCGUCACUAGCAUCAAACUCAAUCCUGAAUAUGCUUCUGUUUUAUUUGAAGGAAAAUUACAACUACACAUGAUUGAACAACCGGAGGUUUGCCAUGAGGAUCGCGAAACUAUAAUGUUUCCGAACGCAAAUUCACCAAAUUUAUUCAUAACUUGCCAUUUUUUAACAACCGAUUUUUUAAUUUACGGCACCGAUAUGGGAAAUAUUGUUUAUUUCCACGUCGAAGAGUGGGCUUUGGCCCACGAAUAUAAGCAUGAAGUUGGCAUCGUGAACGUUUUCGCCGACCCUGCCGGCACUAGAUUAGUUUUUGUUGAUAUUAAAGGCCAAGGUUACGUCUACAAUGCUGUGAUAAAUGAAGUUGUACUCAUACCAAACCUACCAAAUAAAGUAUUAGGAGUCACGUGGGAUAGCAAUAUAAACGAUCGCAACAUUUUCAUAGUGUACGACCAACACGAUAUUUUCACCUAUGUCUACGUCCGAUACUCAAUUAAUGGUUCCUCGGUCCAAAAAGUGGGCCAAACCUCGCUUGUAACCAAACAAAUCCCUCUAUUAAUGUACUCGGGUGAAGUAAUAUCAGCCACACCUGGCGGUCAGAUAACUCAACUAAUUUUAAACACCCAUGACUCGCCUCAAAUCGGCGUUAACGAACAUGACCAAACGAUCCAAGAAACCAAUUUUAACAAACAGAUCGCAUUGUAUAGAUUUUCGGCCGCUUGGACCACUUGCGAGACGCUCAAGUCGGAGGAAUUGUGGCGAAAACUCGCAGUUGAAGCGAUGAAACACUUGGAAAUAGACUUGGCAAUUCGGGUAUUUAAACUCCUGGACGACGUCUCCAUGGUGUGGUCUUUGGAGAGCAUCGCCGGCGUCGAAGACCAUAAAUUAUUAUGCGGUUACGUUGCGAUGUUUUUGAACGAUUUCGAUUUGGCUCAAGACUGGUUCAUGGGUUCGAGUUAUCCAGUGGCUGCGCUAGAAAUGAGACGGGAUCUCCUCCAGUGGGACCAAGCGUUGCAACUGGCGAAAAAAAUGGCCCCGGAACAGAUCGCGCUGAUUUCACGCGAAUACGCCCAACAGCUCGAAUUCACAGGGAACUACUCCGAAGCGCAUAUUCAUUACGAAAAGGGGCUUCAGGAGGAUUUAAGCCCCGAACAUACGUUUAUUUGCAAGGCCGGAAUCGCGAGAACCGCCCUACAUUGUAAUAACACGCGACACGGCAUCAGCAUAGCGUUAGAAUUGGACAACAAACAACUGUUGAAAGAGUGUGCCGAGAUUCUCGAAAAAAACAAACACUUAAAUGAGGCUGCAAACUUGUUUGAAAAGUGUCAGAAUUACGAUCGGGCCGCUUUGAACUACAUCAAGCUGAGAAAUUGGCAGAAAAUCGGCGAGCUGUUGCCCAAAAUCACCUCGAAUAAAAUACAUCUUCAGUACGCUGUUGCGAAAGAAAACGAAGGUAAGUAUGAGGAGGCAGUCCGGGCGUAUUACACAGCCAAGGACUACGAUUCCGUGAUACGACUCCAACUGGAACACCUGAACAACCCUGAAAUCGCCGUUGAGCUGGUCCAAGAGACCAAGAGUACGGAAGGCGCCAAACUCGUAGCGAAAUUUUUCCAAAAAUUAAACGACUACACUUCUGCCAUCAAAUUCCUCGUCAUGUCGAAAUGUAACGAGGAGGCGUUUGAUUUGGCCCGAAAGCACGGCAAAAUGCAACUUUACGGCGAGAUUUUGCUCAAUACCUUGGCACCGGAUGAGUUAAGACCGCACGAUUUUAACAGCAUUGCUACGCAUUUUGAGAAUGAACGAAACAAUUUACUGGCGGGGAUUUACUGGUUUCACGCUAAGGAAUAUGCCAAGGCCAUGAAACACCUCCUCAAGGCCGCCAAAUCGAAUUCGAAGGAAAACGAAGCUAUAACUGCAGCAAUAGACGUUGUGGCGUCCUCAAAAAACGAGGCACUGUCGUCCCAACUGAUCGAAUUUCUUCUGGGCGAGUCGGACGGCCUGCCAAAGGACCCGAAAUACCUAUUCCGUCUGUACAUGGCGCGGAAGCAAUACAAGGAGGCGUCAAAGUCGGCCCUCAUUAUCGCAAACGAGGAGCAAAUCAAUGGUAAUUACCGGAACGCCCACGAUGUUUUAUUCGCAAUGUACCAAGAGCUGAAGCAGAACGGAAUCAAAGUCCCCAACGAAAUGCAAGCCAAUCUUAUGCUACUGCACAGUUACAUCCUGGUGCGGCUGCAUGUCAAGAGGGGCGACCACCUGAAAGGGGCCCGAAUGCUGAUCAGGGUGGCCAACAACAUAUCGAAGUUUCCGUCCCAUAAAGUUCCUAUUUUAACGUCCACGGUUAUAGAGUGUCACCGGGCGGGGCUCAAACAUGCCGCUUUUAAAUACGCGACGAUGUUGAUGAAUCCCGAGUACAGGAAAAAUGUCGAUGCCAAAUACGCGAAGAAAAUUGAGGCGGUGGUGCGGAAGCCGCCCAAGUCGGGGAAGGCCGGGGACGGGGGCGGUGACCCCGUGGAGCCCCUGACGCCGUGUCCGUACUGCGAGAAUUUGUUGCCCGAGACGGAGACGAAUUGUAACGGUUGUAAAAAUAAUAUCCCGUUUUGUGUUGUUACGGGCCGCCAUAUUGUUACAACGGACUUGACCGCUUGUCCUGAGUGUGAUUUCCCGGCUUUGCGGUCGCAGUUUAUUGAGAUUCUUGAUAGUGAAGAUUCCUGUCCCAUGUGUUCGGAGAAGGUUGAUUCUCGCCGGUUACCCAAAAUUGACGAUCCUAAGCCGUAUUUGAACGUUGAAUAACUUUUUUGAUCUCGUGAUUGGAGUAUUAUUUAUUUAUUUAUUUUAGUACAAUUAGAUUUUAGCAAGAAGUGAUUUUAGCGAAUGAAACUAUCCGUCCAUUUUUUAGUGCAAUAGACUAUUGUUGAAUUGUGAAAUAAAAAAUGAAAGAAAA